ACGUUGACUAGACUGUGGUCUUUGAUUUUUCAACUGGGCUUUUCACCAGGAGUAUUGAACUCUUGUUUUCACCUUUAGAAGUCUCUUCUUGGUCUCUCCUGGGAGCUUCCUAAGUUCACUCGAGGCGACUAACUUUUAGAGUGUAGAAAUUAUUGUGAUCUAAAUCUGUGGUCCAAGGAAUCCAGGUUAUAGCAUAGUGAGUCAGACAUAGUAGUGUUUGUGGAGAAUGUCAGAGGGAAAUGCCACGGCAGGAACACCCGGCAGCGCGGCCGGCGUGGCAACAGCAGACGUUAUCAAGGCAUGUAUGGGUAUCAGUUCUGCUGUGGUAAAUGGAUCUGCACCGAGCCGCAUACUUGCAUCCAUUGGCUUAAGCUACGAUGACCAAACGUCGGGAAGUGAAGACGAAGGUGCGCCUCCGAAGGGUGAGAACUUGGAACAGCUUGUGGAGUUGUGCGUUGACCGCGACGACUCCAUACUGACCGAAGACCACCAACGCCCAGGUAUGGGAGCUCGGCGUUCGCAUGCUCACCAGUCACCACAGAAACCGAGCCAGCCUCCAGGGAAGAGCAGCAACUCCGGUGUUGCUACCAGCAACUUCUCCGGCGUUGCUACCAACAACUCCGCUGUUGCUAACAGCAACCCCCGCGGUGCUAACAACAACUCUGCUGUUGCUAACAGCAACCCCGGCGGUGCUAGCAACAACGCCGGUGUUGCUAACAGCAACCCUGGCGGUGCUCGCACCGUGGCCCGUACCAUCUGGAUAAGCAACAUUCCCGCUGAGAUUCGACCGGUUGAAUUCAAAGCGCAGUACUGCCUGCAGUAUGGAGAGGUUGAACAGUGUAAGCUUAUCACACCUAAGCACAGCCAAGUGUCGUAUGGUGUUGUUACGAUGGCAACUGAAGAGAAGGCCGGAGCAUUCAUGAGGGGAAUGCACGGCCUGGUAUUACAUGGGAGAUCCCUAAUCGCUGAAAAGGCCGCGGGUGAUUUUAACGAUCUGCUGAAGAAAAUUGCAGAGCCAAGGCAUCCACCAUCAUCUGCUAGGAACACUGCCACGGGGGACUCGCGCAGCCCAGUUCGUUCACGCAGCCCAGUUCGUUCACGCAGCCCAGUUGGUUCAUCAGACCCGCACAGCCAGGGGGGUAUGCAUCGAACCCAGCCUGAUCACCCGGGAUCACCGUCAAGGUGGCAGCAGCAGCAGCGACCGCCGCGUGACCGCGAUGCUGAGCUUCGCUCCAGAGAUGACCCUCGCUCCAGAGAGGACAUGUUUCGGCAAAGACCUGAUGACCGCAAGCGACCCGACAUUGACAAGAAUCAACGGCUUCAGCGUGAGUUAGCUGCGGCUCGUCUGGAGAAAUUGAAAGCCACUGGUGCUGUCCAUCCGGACACCAGGCAGCGUCGUGAAUUUAACGUGCGCGAUAACCCCCGAGAGGAAGGAGAUAGGAGCAGGGGUGGCGAUGUAGCUUGGCGCCGGGACCGAGAGUCGCCGAGGGAACGUAUGAGCAGAAAUGAGCUGGACAAAGAGCAUGAACUGAUGAUGAGAGCGCGUGAUAAUAACAUGCAUGGGCGUGGGCGUGGUGGUGGACCUGGGCCUGGACCUGGACUGGAGCGUGGUGGUGGACCUGGGCAUGGUGGUGGACCUGGACUGGAGCGUGGGCAUGGUGGUGGACCUGGACUGGAGCGUGGGCGUGGUGGUGGACCUGGGCCUGGACCUGGACUGGAGCGUGGGCGUGGUGGUGGACCUGGACCUGGACUGGAGCGUGGGCGUGGUGGUGGACCUGGGCCUGGACCUGGACUGGAGCGUGAGCGUGAGCGUGAGCCCAUGAUUGUACCUGGACGCGACCGGGUGCCCAUUGGUGGCCCACCUGAGCGAGAGCGCGAGAUGAUUCGAAAUCAAGUUGUGAUCCGCGGCCGUGACCAACGCCGAAGCCGGGAAGAUGAACAACCAUUGCCAGACAGAGGUGCCCCUAGGCGCGGAGGCUGGGAGCAUCCUCCUGAUGACUACCGCGUGGAAAGGUGGGAGGUUGACGGAGCACGGAGAUUUGACUCUGUGCGUGGCGAUGUUGCACCUCGCAAUGACAUACCCCCGAGUCACAGUGAUCGCUACGAUGAUGAGUAUGCGCCGAGAAAGCGACUUGGCUCCUAUGACCAAGGAGAUGCGCCCGCCCCUCAACCUAAACGUGCCAGUGGCGUAGAUUCGCCCUCUCCAUCAUCUGAUGGCUUGGCUGCCUUGCUCGCACUCACAAAAGGAAAUGAUGAUCGUGGUUCGGAGUUAGCAGAGAUUUUAAAACUUGCAUAUUUGUCGAAGCUGGCAAAGAAAGAGUCUCCUGUUCGGCCAUCCAACGAGUCUGCUCAACUAUCGUUGGACAGUGGUCAUGGUGGUAAUCUACAGCAGCAGCUGCAAGAGUUCCUGCAGUUCCAGCAAUUCCUAGCACAGCAGCGUACCCCAAGCCGCGUUCUGUCAGCUGAUGAUCGCCAGGUUGACAGUGGCACUGGGGGCGGUGGCACUGGGGGCGGUGGCAGCACUGCCGCUGUGCUACGUAGUGCCUUAUCUAGCUUGAAGCAGGCUGAUGCAAGCAACAACAGCAAUGACCUCUCCAGCGAUGAACUUGAAAUAGUACUGCGUGCGAUCGAGGAAAAGCGACGAGCUAAGGCAGCAGCUGCUGCACCAGUGAUCAGUCAGAUGGACAGACCAGUUGCUGCUUCCAAUGACCAAGGGCAGCAGCAGCAGGAUUUCUCUCAACCUAACCAGCAGCCACAGCAGCAGCCACAGCAGCAGCCACAGCAGCAGCAGCAGCAGCAACAACAGUCGCCACAGCAGCAACAACCACAGCAGCAACAACCACAGCAGCAACAGCCCCCACAGCAACUACCACCCCCACCGCAGCAGCAGCAACAACAACAACAACAACAACAACAACCACAACAACAACCACAGCAGCAGCAGCAGCAACAGCCACCACAGCAGCAACACCCACCACAGCAGCAACACCCACCACAUCAGCAACCAGCACCGCACCAGCCACAGUACCAGCAACCGCCACAGCAACCGCCCCAAUUCCAGCCCCAACACCAACAGCAACUCCUGAACCAACAGCCUCCUCAACAAACCAAUCACAAUCAUAACCCUAACCACCAGCAGCAGCCACUGCCACCUGUGCAGAUGCAGCAGCAGCAACAGCCAAUGCAACAGAUGCCCCCACAGCAACAAGCACAGCGUCCAAUGAAUGAAUACAUGCCUGCAGAGCCUCGUUUUGUGGAUCCCCAGGCUCCUCAUGUGCAACAAGGCCAACCAGCACCGUAUGUAGGUUCCGGUGGACCCGAUCCUGUUCACAUGGUCAAUCAACCACCACCACCCAUGCAAUCCAACGUGAAUCAUCCCUAUGAUGCUGGUCCUCCGCCUCCACAACAGCAUAUGGCACCACCCCCGCCACGGUCGCACGGACCGCAGCACAUUGAUGACCGGUUUUUCGAGUCCAGCGGCCCCGCAUACCGGUCGCACUCGCCAGGCCGGGACAACCAUAUGCAUCCGCCACCACCAUCGUCACAGCAACAGCAGCUCUUCUCACCGCAGGGCCCGCCGCCUCGCCAUGACGUUCACCACCACGGCCCACCACCACCACCGCCCGAUGACUGGAGAGGACCGUAUCCGAGUCCAAUGUCGGACGGUGCUGCUGGUGAACACAACGUGCACGCUCCCUGGCCGCCGCACGCACAGCAAGGCCGUAGCAUGGCGAGUGAGCCUCCCAUGGGACCUCCGCCUCGCUACGACCCUCCAGGCAAUGUGUACCAUGAUGAUGGGUACCGCGCUGGGCCUGCUCAUCCACCACCUCACAAUCAGCCACCCUACUAUUAGUGGUGGAGCUUUACUUUGUAAGUCCCAUGUCUGGGGUGUUUAGCUGGGCUUCCUCUGAUCUAGCUGGAUUUUAAAAAUAGUAAUAACAAUACACGGACAAAAAAGAUGAACCGUCUCACUAUCAACCCUCAGUGGAACUUGGAUUUGUAGGUGGUGAACCUAAAUGUCCGGCUGCUUUGUCUCUUAUGUAGCUGGAUUUAAAUAAUGCUGUUUUUUUUCUUUGUAGUGUCCACUCGGUGCCUAGGUCUUGCUAACCUGGCAUGCAUUGUGAUGCGGUGGAAUACAUCUAGGCCUUUUUUUCUUAUGUUGUCUGUGCCUGCUGGUUCUACUUGAGUAGUAGGAUGUUUGGCGUUUGGCUUUGUAUAAUUAUCGCUGGCUUUUUUCUUUCUUGAAGCGUAUGUGUGUUCUUUUUACUCUGCUUUAGAACUAUUCAUAACCUAAUCUGUGUGUGUGUGUUUGCGUACACGUGUGUGCGUCGAUUUGUUUUACUGUCGUCGUAAUUCGUGCUGGUGCGCGCCAUUUCGAAUGAUAUCUUGAAUGUUUCUCUCAACAGUUUGUGUGUGUGUGUGUGUCUUCACUUCAUGUUUACUUGCCCACCUCUAGUUGACCGUGUUUCUACACCUA